AUGUCCUCAUCGUUACCGCCCGUCGUUCCCCCGGUCUCCACAUCGCUUCCUUCAGACUCUUUUCAACUACUUUCCACAGCGGAAAAAGCAGGCGAUGCCGAAAAUGCUUUGUUUGAAGAACAAGUGAAGGAGGUAGAGGCGUGGUGGAAGACUCCUCGUUAUGAAGGCAUCAAACGUCCAUACAGUGCGGCGGAUAUCGUCAGCAAGCGUGGGGCGCUACAACAAACAUAUCCCAGCUCAAUAAUGGCGAGGAAGUUGUUCAAUCUGUUGAACGAACGAGCUGCAGAAGGCAAACCAGUCCAUACAAUGGGCGCCAUCGACCCCGUGCAAAUGACACAACAAGCUCCAAACCAGGAAAUUCUGUAUAUUUCUGGUUGGGCAUGUUCUUCGCUCUUGACAUCGACCAACGAAGUGUCCCCGGAUUUUGGCGACUAUCCCUAUAACACAGUACCAAACCAAGUGGAAAGACUAUUCAAGGCACAGCAAUUACAUGACAGAAAACACUGGGACGCGCGACGGAAAUUAAGCCCUGAAGAACGAGCAAAGACUGAAUAUGUGGACUUCCUGCGCCCCAUCGUUGCCGACGGUGAUAUGGGCCAUGGAGGUCUUUCUGCCGUGAUUAAGCUUGCCAAGCUCUUUGCUGAAAAGGGUGCCGCCGCUGUACAUUUUGAAGAUCAAUUACACGGCGGAAAGAAAUGCGGUCAUCUGGCUGGCAAAGUCCUUGUGCCGGUCGGUGAGCAUAUCAACCGUUUGGUCGCUGCCCGCUUCCAGUGGGAUUUGAUGGGUACGGAGACACUCGUUAUUGCUCGAUCAGAUGCAGAAAGUGGAAAACUCAUUAGCAGCGCGGUCGAUGUCCGCGAUCACGAAUUUAUCCUCGGUGUUACUGAAGAUGUCGAACCGCUUUCUGAGACUCUUCAGGCUAUGGAAGCGGAAGGUGUUUCCGGCGCGGAGAUUGAUGCUUUUGAGAGCAAGUGGGUCAAGAACCAUAAGCUUGUCACGCUUGACGAGGCCGUCGAUGCCCAUCUGAAAGCUCAGGGCGCAUCUCAAGAUGCUAUCAACACUUACUGGAACCAGGUCAAGGCCAACCCUGACCUCUCCAUGACCAAGCGCCGCGAUCUUGCCAACACCCUUACCGAUAAGCCUGUUGUCUGGUCGUGCGAUGUUCCUCGAACUCGUGAAGGUUUUUAUCAUUACAAGGCCGGCUUCCCUGCAGCGACUAAGCGUGCCAAGGAGUUUGCUCCUUAUGCUGAUCUUCUUUGGGUGGAAACCGGAGACGCCAAUGUUGAGAACGCCGCUACGCUUGCCGCCAACGUGCAUGAACAUUUCCCGGGCAAGAAGUUCGUCUACAAUCUUAGUCCAUCAUUCAACUGGAUGGCUCAGGGAUUCACUGAGGCAACAUUGAAAUCGUUCAUUUGGGACAUUGCCAAGCAUGGUUUCGUUCUCCAGCUGAUCUCCCUCGCUGGUCUUCACACCAACGCCACCAUCACCACUGAGCUCUCGCGUGCCUUCAAGGAUGAGGGAAUGCUUGCCUACGUUCGACUCGUCCAAUCGCGAGAGAAGGAGCUUGGCGUAGAUGUCCUCACGCAUCAGAAAUGGAGUGGCGCUUCUUAUAUGGAUGGUAUCCUAGGAUCGAUCCAAAGUGGCAGCAGCAGCAGCAAGAGUAUGGGUGAAGGCAACACCGAAACAGGAUUCUAA